CAUCAAAUUCUAUACUUUUAAACCAAACCAUACCAAUGUUAAAAGGUUAAACCUUGAUAAAGUCAUUAUUUUGAUAAGCUUGUAAAUAAAGAGCGAUCAUUUACAUGCAAACUGAUAUUACAAGUUAUUUCUUCCUUGAGUUACCAUGGACGUACCACCGCCCCAAGAACUAACCCAGCCUUUGCAAGUCCCCUCCAAGACCCUCAUGGGUCCGGGACCCUCAAACUGCUCCCCAAGGGUCAUGGAGGCCAUUUCGAGACCCAUCUUGGGGCACAUGCAUCCCGAAAUAUUCAAGAUAAUGGACGAUAUCAAAGCCGGCAUCCGCUACGUGUUCCAAACUAGCAACCCCCUGACCCUCGCCGUCAGCGCCUCCGGUCACGGGGGCAUGGAGGCCGUGCUCUGCAACCUCCUGGAGCCCGGGGACACGGCCCUGAUCGCCGUCAACGGCAUUUGGGGCGAACGCGCCGCUUCCAUGGCCGGCAGAUACGGGGCCAAAGUCACCACCGUCGAGGCCGAAGUCGGUCACGAUUUCACCCUCGCCCAGAUCGAAAAUGCCGUCAGCAAGCACCGACCACACGUGCUUUUCGUCACCCAAGGCGAGAGUUCCUCCGGCGUUUAUCAAAACAUCGAAGGAAUUGGCGAUAUCUGCCACAGAUAUGGGUGCCUGCUGGCGGUGGACACGGUGGCCUCCUUGGGCGGAGUGCCGUUCCUCGCUGACAGGUGGGGCGUGGACGCUGUCUACACCGGCACGCAGAAGGUCCUAGGCGCUCCGGCCGGGCUCGCCCCCAUCUCCUUCAGCCCCAGGGCGCAGCGUAAAAUUUUCGAGCGCAAGAGCCCGGUGAAGGUGCUCUACUGGGACAUGACGGUGCUGGGCGAUUACUGGGAUUGCUUUGGUCGUUCCCGGGUGUACCAUCACACCAUCGCCUCGCAGCUUUUAUACGGCCUGAGGGAGGGUUUGGCGCAAAUUGCCGAGGAAGGGUUGGAGAGCGUCAACAGAAGGCACCAAGAGUGCGCUCAGAGGUUUUACCGGGGGUUGGAGAGGUUGAGGCUGCAACCCUUCGUCACCGACACGUAUAAGAGGUUGCCUACUGUGACGUCCAUCAAAGUGCCUGACGGUGUGGAUUGGCGGGAAGUGGUGGCGUACGCCAUGAAAAAUUAUUCGGUGGAAAUUAGUGGUGGUUUGGGCCCGUCCGCGAAUAAAGUGUUCAGGGUUGGUUUGAUGGGCUAUAAUGCGACGCCUGAGAAGGUUGAUCUGGUUUUGGAGGUUUUGGAAAAGGCGCUGAAGGCGUCAGGUUGGAAUCGCAGUAAAUUGUAAAUGAAAAUGGCGGGUGUUUGUGAAGCGUUUAUUUCUAGCUAGCAGGUACACUUAUAUGUAUAGCUUGGAUUGUUACAUGUUGCAUUAUUACCACGUCCAUGUCCUAUUUAAUGUCAACACAAGAAAUAAAAAUUACCAAAUGCAA